GAGGACAGGUGACCAUAUUUUUUUCAUAUUUUUUUAAUUUUUAGUAGCAUUACCUGGUGUAUAUAAAAAAAGUAGUAGAUGGAGGACUUCCCACUAUCCGUGCUCUUGAUCCUUGAGGGAAAAAAAUAAAUCAAAUUUUCUAACUUACCCUCAUUUGCUGGAAAUUUUCUGGCCAGUCAGAUGGAUCGAAUUCCUCAGACAUUAUAAUUUGUUCACUUCUGCCUUCGAUUACAUUAAUUGGUGAAUGAAGUGCAAUGUAUCUUGUAAAAUAGUGGAAAUGUGGAGAUUUUACAAAAUUUGCAGUUUGGCGGUAAAAUGAGGUCAAGGUCAAACUGGGAAUUCCCUGCGCAAACGGAAGUGCGCAGUAAAAAAUAUGGAAGAAUAUGCACGUGAACCUUGCCCUUGGCGGAUAGUAGAUGAUUGCGGAGGAGCAUUCUCCAUGGGUGCAAUAGGGGGCUCUGUCUUCCACUCUAUUAAAGGAUACAGAAAUGCACCAGCGGGCCACUACAGGAGACUUAUAGGGAGUUUAACAGCAGUGAAAACCAGGGCACCGAUAACAGGAGGUAAUUUCGCAGUUUGGGGAGGUUUAUUUUCUGCAAUAGACUGUUCACUUGUGUAUGUGCGUAAGAAGGAAGACCCUUGGAACUCUAUAACCAGUGGGGCUGCUACUGGCGCUAUUCUGUCAGUCAGGAAUGGCGUUGCUGCAAUGGCAGGUUCAGCACUAAUAGGUGGCGUACUUCUAGCUUUAAUAGAGGGCAUAGGAAUCAUGUUCACCAGAUUCUCAGCAGAACAGUUUAAACCAGUUGAUCCUACACAGAUGCCCCAGGAUCCACAACAAUUACCCCCUAAACCUCUAUUUGGCGGAGAACAGACUAGUAACUCUUACCAAUAACAUAGGAGAUUUUUAGGAAAUUACAAUUGACCAUGGAGAAAAUCUCACGGUGUUCAUGUUUUGAAAUGUAAAAUAAAAGUGGAAUGGGCAAGGAAUAUAUUUUACAGGCAUGUAGUUAAUACUCUAAAUUGUAUAGAAAAGCAAGAAAAUGAAGUAGUUCAUUCAGUUUAAGAGAGAAAAACAUGGAAUAGGCAUGAUCACUUUGAGUAUUUUCUCAUGGGAGUGUAUAAUAGUUUGAAUGUGUAACACUGUAUACAGUACACGUAUAGACAGACUUUGGAUAUUUAUUUGCCUAACGUACAU